CAUUGUGGUCAAACAAUUUUGAAAAAAAAACAUGUUUAAAUGUAUUUUUUAAAUAAACCAUCCAUAUUUUCACUAUCAGAACACAGUGGAGUCAUAAACGAACGAAGUGAAAUAAUUAUAUUGAUUCGAUUUUGACUUUGUGAAACCGGUUACGUCAUAUUCGGCGUUUAAAAAACAAACAAAAAAAAAAUAGUGAGCAUCGUCUCUGAAUUGCCUUUAAAAUCCAGGGCACCAGUUAGUCCCUGGCUAUAUAGUUUUUAAGUAGUUAGCAAUUAGGGAGGGAAUUUGGACAUAACUUAAUAGGCAAAUUUUGAAUGAACUCCUGCUGCCCUGCAGAAACUAUGUCAUAGAAAUGACACAAGUUUUGAAUAAAAACAGUCAGAUCAUAAUUAAAAGACCAUAGAUCAAAGGACAAAACUAUAUAUAUAUAUUCACAUUUAGUAACCAAAGCAAUAAAAAUCAUAUACUCUUUGAUAUGCAAUAACAACAUAUUAGAAAAGGGUCAGAUGGAUAAAAUAAUGAAUAUUUUCUCAAGGAUUUUUUGUGUGUUUGUUGGUUUUGUUGAUCCCCUGAAGCAAACAAUCAUUCUUAAUGAUGAAUUUACUGUUUUCUGCCCUGAGAUAAAGCCCUUCCUGUAAUCAGGCAUUGCUCAUUAACUCAAAAGUAAUAAAAAUGUCAAAAAAUUAAUGUAGGUCAAUGGUUUCAAGUUUGUAGUACCUCCUCCCAGAAUUACUGGGGCCUCUCAGGAAUGUUUACCAGACAAAAGCAUGAUUUCCCUGCCAAACACAGACUCCUUUUUCUGUGUUUUCACUAGCAUUCUGCGUAUCACAGGCCCAGAUCAGACCCAGUUCAGACCCAGACCGGUCCGGUCCGCCCCGUCUCCUCCCCCCUCCGAGUCCUCCCCUCCUGCAACGGGAUUCGAGAGCCGGAGGAAGAGGGAGGGCGGAGGGCCGAUCAGAGAAAAAAAAAAAAAAAAAAAAACGUGACUAGGCACCCAAAGCGUCCUGUUAUGCAACAACUGACCUACUAACAUACAUUUAGAGACUCGGAGCGAGAAGGAGCGCGCGGGAGGAGGAAAUGGAGAGAAAAUAGAGCGAGGGAGGGAGGAAUUGGAGCGACACGAGGAGCGCACCAAAACAAGACGCAGCUUUCACAGUGUACCUGCGUGGACACAGGAGCUGCUGUUUUCAAGGUGUGCGUGGGACACAAGGCUGCGCGCGCGCCCAGCGGAUUGUGGGACAAGAAAAAGAAAGAGACUGACCCCACUGUCUGUGGAUUCUGUGGAUUAAUCAAAAAUCUUUUCAGUUGAAAGUUCUCUCUGGAGCAAAGGAGGAGCAAGGUUUUCCAAGGCCCUGACAUGCUGAGUUAGACUGACUGACCUACAUCCUUCAGCUCCUCUGGAUUUCUAGGACACUCCUCCACCAGCUUUGUUCACUGUGCUGUUUUAGACAAAACCUCAAAGACACAAUAAAGCAAUAGCACAGAGGAAAAAACAGGAAGUUGUUGCAUCUAAAGAAUAUUUUCACAAUCUGUUGGACUCUGAACAGAAACAAUCUGCAAGUGGAUAAAUGAGGGUGUCCAAUCCUGCAACUCAACAGUUUUUUUGUCCCUUUGGCCUAUUUAGACACCUGAUUCUCCAUCAGGUCUUUACUUAAAAAAACAGGGCCAAUCCAGAAGGCAAAGUGUUUUCAUCGCAAUCACAGCUUCUCAAGCUGGCUACGGCUUGACAAAAAUGGAAAAUCUUAAUUCAGCACUAAAGACAUUGAACAAAAACUCAGGGGAAAACCUGAACUGCCUUGAGACCUUCAACAAUUAUGAUGAGUCUUCCCUACAAGCCACACCAGCUCGUUUGGGUCGUCUCAUCAAGCCCAAACCCAAUGUCACCUGCCGGAGAAAGCGAGAGUUCAUUUCUGAUGAGAAAAAGGAUGCAUCCUACUGGGAGAAACGGCGCAAGAAUAAUGAAGCCGCUAAGCGGUCCCGGGAGAAAAGACGACUCAAUGAUAUGGUUCUGGAAAACCGGGUCAUUGCACUGAAUGACGAGAACGUGAGGCUCAAGACAGAGCUGCUCCAGUUGAAGCUGCGCUUUGGCCUCAUAAGCACAGCCUCAUACAUCGAAAAGAGCCAACAGAUCAGUGUGAGCAACAACACAGCCAAUGGAGGCUCGUCGUCAUCAUCCUCUUCCACUCAGUACUACUCCAGCGGCUACUCAAGUGGUUCUCAGGUUAUGAUAAACUCUGAUUCCUCGGAAACUGAGCAGUCAGGACGCAGUGAGGGUCACAGGCAGAUGGUGAAGUACUCUCCACGUGGCUCCCUCUCCGAUAUGUCCGAUAGCUCAUCAAGAGACAGCCCAGAGCCUCUACCGUUUGAGAUCAAGCAGGAGGGUGACAGGCUAGAGAUGGACAUUGCUAAUGGAACCACCACCCAGAUCAUGUUCAACAUCCACCGUGGUUUGGCUUCUGUUCCCACACACCAUCAGAUUCAGCAGCAUCAGGAGAUGGAUACUGGAUAUCCCAGCCAGCAACCAGAGCAGCACCAACUUCUUCAGCAGCAACUGCGGCAAGAGCCUGUUGCUUCAAGCAAAACUCCAAGCCAGGAAGCUGCCUCUCACCCCCCUGCUGCCCAGAGGAGCGUCAUUCUGUAUGGUGCCAGUAGCGCCUCCUAUGCCAACCUGACCAGGUCCCAGGACGUUGACCUAGAGGCAGCCACAAAGCCAAGCAGUCAAAUCUGCAUUAGCCAACUCCCCAAGUCCAUCACAGGGAACUCCAUAGAGACUCUAGCUGAGGUUGCAAACCAGCUGGACAAAGAGACAUUAGACUCUCCCUCUCAUGAGAUGUCAGAUAGCUGUGCCGAGGCCAAAGAGGGGCAGCUAUAUAGAGUUUGCCAUCUUAGCCAGCAGAAUUUGGAGAGUGAUUCAUCAGAGCUUUUCAACGAUCAAGCAGAGGGGGUCAGCCAUCCUCACUUGUACCAUCAUCUCCAACAUCCUCCUCAGUCAUAUCCACAGGACGAGGAGCCUCCAAUCUUGAGUUAUGAGGGCAUGCCCAGAAACAAUGCUUUUUAUCAAGGCCAACUGGUGUCCAACUCAAGGGACUGCCCCUCCACUGAGGACGAUAUCUGCAGCGCUGAAAAAGAAGCCUUCACAGAUGAAGAGUCCCCCUCUUCAUCCUGUGCAGACAUGGGCAGCUUCCAAAACCAACAUCUCGCCGGCGUCCUUCAGCCUGCCUCCCCCUCACCGCAAUACCAAGGCUGUUCCCAGGGAUGGGAUCCCCAGGGGGAGGGACGGGGAACAGCGCUUCCACACAAACUCAGACUCAAACACAGGGCCAUGAGCAGUGGAAGCAGCGCUGGUCAAGAGUCUCCAACAUCUCCAUCUUCAGCAACGCCGCCUCCCAUCCCCCAACAUUCCUACUUGUCCCCUUCACCCACACAGAACAUUAGACAAGACAGUCCAGGUGCGGCUUGCAAACAGGUGGCUGCGGGGGAGGGGGCAAGGACAGGGAGCGGGAAAAAGGAGACAGUUGGGCGACGAAACAAGAGGCGAGAGUAGCCGACUGUCACUGUACCUGUUGACAGGUUUUCUAAGAACUACCCUACCAUCAUGCCUUUGUCCUACAAUACACAUCACCUCCUGGACCCUUUGGGGCAGAAAAGUGGACUUUUGUACCCUGCUAACCCCAGAGGCAACAAAAAGCUGGACAUUUUGUCGGGCUGUGUCAUAUUUGUACAUACUGUAUAGACUUGCUGUUUCUUACAUCCUCUCCAUACCUACAGAAGCACUUUUGUUUAUAUUUUGAGAGGAGGAAUGGAACUACACUUUUCUACUUUUGUCCUGUAACAGCUUACAAUAAAGCACAUUUAGAAACCUUAGGAAAAGGAAUGUAGAAGGAAUUUGGUACACAUUCAACUGUAGACAAACACGUGUAUGGCUCCUUGCCUUAAAUCAUAUGAACACUGGGGAAAUCCCAUCGACCAAAGAAGCACCAACACUACAAAGUUCCAUACCUCUUCCCAGUCCCUACCUCUACCACUAUAUACUCUCCCCUACCAUCUAUCUUCUUAAAAUCACCAUCUCAUUUAUAUUUUAAGCACUUGGGUUGUACAUAUUUGUGAUAUAUGAAUAUAUGCAUCUAUAAUAAACCUAUAUUUUACAUAAAAAUUUGGAUACAAAAAAGCAACAAAUUCUGCAGUGGUUUUUAAGGAUUCAGAACGUGACCACCCAACGACAAAUCGCAAACAUUGUACAGCCAACUUGGCUGCCAUUACUACAGCACUUACUCAGAGUCUCUCUUUUGAUUGUUAAACUUCGGCAUUAUUCAUUAGCUUAAACCCUGUUUACACAGAAAUGGCCAUCCAUUUUGGAGCGCCGGGAGCACUGAGUAGAGAACAAGUUGUCCCCUGAGGCAAUCACCUCAUUAAAAUGUCUGGAUUUAUAAACCUUUAACCAGCCUUGAACUAUUUGGUGGUGGAAGUCACCAGCUGCAGGCUGUAAGCCUUUAUUUUGUGUGAGCUUUACCAACUGUAUCUUGUCAUUGUUACCAUUCACUAGCCCACUGUAUUUAUUUCCCUCCUCUCAUGCCCAUCACUAUAAAGAAAUGGAAAAGCCCACUGGAACAUAGACAGAGAAUGUGUAUAGACCUGUAUAGAUGCGUAUCAAAGCAAGGAGUUUGAACUCCGGUGUUGGUGAGAGGAAACUUCGAGACAAAAAAAGGGAGGAUUAAGUCACAUUUAUGUAAACACUGAAGUGCACUGAGUUCACGAAGAGUUAAUCUGGUGUGGAGGCAAAAAGCUCUGCAUAGCUACUGUUUAUUUUUGUGGUCUUAUCCUAGCUUUGUAGUGUGACCCAAGGUGACCUGCAAAGCCCCUAGAAAUUUUCUAAUUGGUGACUGAGUUUUAACAAAACGAAAAAUGGAUGCCAAUACAAAUUUUAGUAAUUUGAUUAAAAAAAAAAAGAUUUUUCAAGAUUGCUUUCUAUGUGACUCCAAUACUUUUUCCAUUUUUUUUCUUUCCCGUGGUAGCCCUCCUGUUGGGUUCUGAUGAAUUGCCUUCACUGGAUUCUAAUUUUAAUGUCUAUGUACCAUGUUUGGCUUUUUGGUGCUUGUGUAUAAAUGUAAAGUUUCACACUGUAAUGUUUGUUUUGUUGUUUUUUAUAUCUUCUUUUUAGUCAAGGUGAUGUUCUGUUUUCCUCUAUUCUGUGUCUCCUCUUCUGCUGACUGUGAUGACAUGUAUUAGCCUCAUCCCCCCUCCCAUGUUUUCAGUGUGUAAAAAAAAAAAAAACCCGUGAUUGUGGUUUUGCUGAUGGUUUUUAAGAAAAAAAAUGACAAAAAAAGAGAAAAAAAGAUCACAGGCGGUGUUUGGAGACAGGUGGUGGUUGGUUUGACUGGGGUUACCAUUGCUUCCUUUUGACAUGACUGUAUGUAAAGACACUAAUGUUCAUUUGUGAAAGAUUGGAGCAUUUCAAGAAAAAUAAAAAAAAAAUGUUGACUCGUCAGCAUCUUAAGGAAAA